AUGGAAAGCAUGGACAUCGAAGACUUGUUUGACUCUGCUCCAACUAAGGUGACGGAGAACACUACUUCUACUGUGGGUAAGAGGAAGAUUAUUAAAAGAGCUGCUCCCAGAAAGAAGAGAGUUGUUCAAGAAGCUGAGGCUGGAGGUGUCGUGCCUGGAACCCAGAAAAUUUAUGUAAAAACACAAGGUUGCAGUCACAAUAUUAGCGAUGGAGAGUUCAUGAUGGGGCUUCUUGCUGAAUAUGGAUACCAGCUUGUCGAUAGAAUUGAAGAAAGUGAUGCCUGUCUGUUUAACUCCUGUACUGUAAAGAACCCUUCGCAAGAUCAUUUCCUGUUCAUUGUGGAAAAGGCAAAGAAAAUGGGCAAGCCUGUUGUUGUUUCUGGGUGAGUACCACAAGGAGAUAGGAAUUUGAAGGAAUUAGAUGAUGUUUCUAUUCUUGGUAUAUCUCAGAUUGACAGAGUUGUUGAGGUUAUGGAAGAGACUAUCAAAGGAAACACUGUGAGGCUUCUAGCAAAGAAAGAGCUUCCCACUCUAGACCUUCCUAAAAUUCGUAAAAAUAAGCUUCUCGAGAUCAUCCCACUAAGUACCGGGUGUUUGAAUAGUUGUACUUAUUGCAAAACUAAGCAUGCGAGAGGUAUUCUAGGCUCAUAUGCUCCAGAUGCAAUUAUCUCUAGAGCAUCCCAAGCUAUUGAAGAAGGUGUAAGAGAGAUCUGGCUUACUUCUGAAGACACUGGUGCUUAUGGAAGAGAUAUCGGCACUUCACUUCCUGAAUUAGUCAGAGGUGUGCUUAAAAUUGUCCCAUCCCAUGUCAUGGUCAGAGUUGGAAUGACAAAUCCUCCUUAUAUUAAGGAGCAUUUGGAUGCGAUGAGUGAUAUUCUUAACCAUCCUCGUGUAUUUGGGUUCUUGCAUAUUCCUGUUCAGUCUGGAUCCAACCCUGUUCUUGAAAACAUGAAUAGAGAGUACACUGUUGAAGAAUUUAAGAGGGUCUGCGAUCAUCUCCUUGAAAAUGUUCCUAAUUUAACCAUUGCCACCGACAUUAUUUGUGGAUUUUGUUAUGAGACUCCAGAACAGUUUGAUGAGACAAUGGAAUUAAUUGAUCAUUACAAAUUCCCAGUUGUGAAUAUCUCAAAGUUCUACUCCAGACCAGGAACUGAAGCUUCUAAGUGGCCAAAGGUGCCACCAAAGGAAGCAAAGGAAAGAAGUACUCGUCUUACUCAUCUGUUCAACAAAUACAGAUGUUAUGAUCAUUACCAGGAUACCAUCCAGAGAGUUUGGAUAUUUGAAAAUGACGACAAGAGUGAUGCUACUGUAGUUGGCCAUACCAAAGGAUACGUCAAAGUUCUCAUUAAGAAGCAAGAAGGUAUCAAUCUUCUUGGAAAACAAGUAAUUGUGAAGAUUACUUCGACUCACAAAUGGCAUAUUACUGGAGAUAUCAUUGAAAUGAACCCAGACCCAAUUGAAGUUCCAGAAGACUAUUUUGAAAAAUGAGUUGAAGCAAGAGAUGAGAAGAACAAUAAACUCAGAAUUGGAUUCGAGAAAGUCGAAGAAGAAGACACUCAAGAGAGCGACACAGGAAUUAAGAUCGCAAGAAAUGAGACUGAUAAGUCGGCUCCUUUGUUGUCUUCAUUCACUGAGAAAAUGAUCGGACUUGGUUGUCUUGUUGUUGGAAGUAUGAUGCUUUACAAUAGAUUAUCUGAAGACUUAUUCUAAUAACCUUACAAUAUCAC